AUGCAAAAUCUAAAAUCAAUAACACCUAGAUAAGAAAUGAAGCCAGUCAAAGUCAAUAUUACAACGUAAUUCACAUAAAAAUAAACUCUAUAGUGAGCAAUUCCAAGUUUUAACAAAAAUGUAUAAUUUGGGUAAAUUGUAAACAAAAAAUGCAGAGCGUGAACUCAUUUAAUAACAUUUACAAUAAUAGUAAUUAAUAUAAAUUGGUACUCAAAGAAAUAAUACACCAUAAUCUUGUAAAAGUGCUUAAGAAGUAUUAUUACAUGCUUUAUAUUUUUAAGAUGAAAUAUUUCCUAUAUUAAAAAAAUAAUGGAAAAGAAUAAUAAAUCAAAAUUUAAAACAAUUCAUAAGUAUCACCAAAACCAAAAAAUAGUUUACAUCGUAAUUUUUCUUAAUUAGAGAAGUCUGGAACACCAAUUCUACCUUAAAAAAUUUAACCAUAAGUAACUUAAUAAUAAAAAGUUAAAAAAUAUAAUCCUUUAUCUAUUGAUUAAAGAUUUACAUCAAAUUAAUAAUUUGUUUAAUAAAUAACAUCUCAAAUAAAUAAAAAAGAAGAUNUUAAAUAUUUAUCUUGUAUUCUAUUAAGUAUUCUUUUAAAAAGAAUGUGGUAAUCUUAAUCGAUUAUAUUAUUUUUAAAUAAUAAAAUAAUUAAUUAAUUUAUAAGAAUAGUAAAAAGUUUUUUGUCAUUCGCUUUUAAAAUAAGAGAUGGUUAAUUAAUGGAAAAUAUUUUUAAAUAAUUUAGUUAUAAUUAAAAGGCUGUCAAAUUUAUAUAGAUAGUGUAAGUUUCUUAUUGGGCGUUAUUUCAUUAAAAUUAAGGGUGA